CUGUCCGAUAAGCCAGAUAUCGAUAAUCUCCGUUUUUCGCAGUGUCAGGUUCCCGGCUUUUUUAAUUUCCAGAAAUUUCGGACAAACAACAAGCAAAAAGUUAUUUUUCCAUAGCUUGAAACCUAUCUGUUGCAACCUACCUGCGCACCUAUUCGGUUAACUGUUGAUUGCUGUCAUACUGGCUCCUGGCGUCCGAUCUACCGUAUUUUCCACGUCCUACACGAGCGUUCCCUCUACUAACAUUGAAAUGGCUCCAAAAAAGCUAAAUGGGUUCAUGACUUUCGUCAAAGAAUGGCAGGCGAAUAACCCAGUGGCUCGUGGAUUAAGCAAUUCUGAGGCGGUGGCUAAGUGUGAUCCUAUAUGGAAAAGCAUGGGCGACCGGGAACGCGGUCCGUAUAAGAAGGCUAAGAAUGCAAACGUUCUGGAGAGAACAGCAAAGAAAGAGCGUCUUAACUGUCUGGGCGGUUCCGUCGCAGAAAUGGAAAUUGAGAAAAACGAGGCCAUAAGUGCUGAGCUUCAAAUGAAGCGAAAGAUCGAACGCAUUAUUUUGACAGCAAAAAAUUCUAUGGAGUUGGAGAAUGAGGAAUUUGUGUUUGUUAGCUUCAAUUAUUUUACCAAGGCCUUGACUGGUGAUCUUUACGUGCCCGCUGAGUUUUCCGCCUGCCGCUACUCUCUGAAGGGAGGCAUAAGCUCUAAUUACAGUACCAUGAUUAAUCCGGGCCACAUCAUCUACGGACAAAGUAGAGAUGCGCAGGAUCACUCCAAGACUACCCACAAGUUGCCCUUGCCACCGCAGGCCUUUGGCGAGACCAACAUGGGAAAACUAUAUAUUGAUAUCUUCAAUUGGUUAUCCGUCCGCAAUGAAGAAAAAUUGGACCAAGAUCCGGUUAUUGUCUACACGACCCCAGAGCUAAUGCCGGUGGUAAAGUCUUGCUUCCGUUAUCUGGCAUCCGAGGCCGAAAUAGACGAAGAUGAGCGAAAGAUUAUGGUGUUUGAUAUCUACCAUUUGUUCUACACCUUAAAGAAGAGUGUAUUGGACGUGGCUGGCGUUACGAACGAUCGGAUUAAUUUCCAUGUGACGAACAACUUUUUUGUAAAAGACUUUUUUGAAUAUACUGAAGGGAUUGCGUGCGAUUACCAUGAAAAAAUCGAUCGCUCGAAAUAUUGUACCAACAGUAUGGUCAAGCGUUGGGGAUUCACCUUUAGCGACUACAUGUGUGCAGACCUGGCCAUUCCACUCCAGCCUGGGAAGCACAUUCCCCUUAAGGUCAAGCCAAACUACACUAUUACUCCUGCGUCCUCUUCGACAAACUUUGAUGAGAUUUCGCUUGAUUCCUACUACUCAGCGCCACCGCGAAUCCAGAAGGAGAUGGGAUCGCGUGACUUAUCACCGAGUAGCAGCCAUCAGUCCGUAUCAAGGGCCUACGUGCCCAGAGACCACAGUGUCUACGGAGGGACCCUUGAUAGCGAUGAGGAAUUCCCUAGCCUAGGUGGCCGCCGCCGACAGCUCCCUGACAUGAGUCAUUUCAAUAUGGGAGCUGGAAAAAACUUUGCGCGCUAAUUUGUACGCGUGUUACAUUGUUAUUAAUACAUUCUUGAACACGAUAGCAGGAAGCAAUCAAAAUUUCCUUCUGUGAAGGAAUUACCAUUUAAUUGUAUUUCAAUUAAGUACACUAAGCUACAAUAACGAAAUAAUGAUUUGAUUA